AUGGCCAGUCCAGGGAAAGAUAACUAUAGAAUGAAAAGUUAUAAGAAUAAAGCCCUAAACCCCCAGGAGAUGCGUAGACGAAGAGAAGAAGAAGGAAUACAGCUUCGAAAACAAAAAAGGGAAGAACAGUUAUUCAAACGCAGAAAUGUCUCUUUGCCCAGAAAUGAUGAAUCUAUGUUAGAAAAUCCUAUCCAGGAUCCAGACAUCAGUUCCACUGAAGAAGUUAUUACUUCAGAUAUGGUUCAGAUGAUUUUUUCUAAUAAUGCUGAUCAACAACUAACAGCUACACAAAAAUUUAGAAAGCUGCUUUCUAAAGAACCUAAUCCACCAAUUGAUCAAGUUAUACAGAAACCAGGAGUGGUGCAGAGAUUUGUGAAAUUUCUUGAAAGAAAUGAAAAUUGUACAUUACAAUUUGAAGCUGCGUGGGCAUUAACUAAUAUAGCAUCUGGAACUUUUCUGCAUACCAAAGUAGUGAUUGAAACUGGGGCUGUUCCAAUUUUUAUCAAACUUCUUAAUUCAGAGCAUGAAGAUGUUCAAGAACAGGCUGUUUGGGCACUUGGUAAUAUUGCUGGUGACAAUGCAGAAUGCAGAGAUUUUGUUUUGAAUUGUGAAAUACUUCCACCUCUUUUAGAGUUACUAACAAAUUCAAACAGACUUACAACAACCAGAAAUGCCGUAUGGGCCCUCUCAAAUUUAUGUAGAGGCAAAAAUCCUCCUCCAAACUUUAGUAAGGUUUCACCUUGCUUAAAUGUCCUGUCACGAUUGCUGUUUAGCAGUGACCCAGAUGUAUUAGCAGAUGUGUGUUGGGCCCUUUCUUAUCUUUCUGAUGGAUCCAAUGAUAAAAUUCAAGCAGUCAUUGAUUCUGGAGUCUGUCGAAGAUUGGUGGAACUUUUGAUGCACAAUGAUUAUAAAGUUGUAUCACCUGCAUUAAGAGCAGUUGGUAAUAUUGUGACUGGUGAUGAUAUUCAAACACAGGUAAUUUUGAAUUGCUCUGCUUUACCCUGUCUUUUACACUUACUGAGUAGCUCAAAGGAGUCAAUCAGAAAAGAAGCCUGCUGGACUGUUUCGAACAUCACUGCUGGAAACAGAGCUCAGAUUCAGGCUGUUAUAGAUGCAAAUAUUUUUCCUGUUUUAAUUGAGAUUCUUCAGAAAGCAGAGUUUCGCACCAGGAAAGAAGCAGCUUGGGCUAUAACUAAUGCAACAUCAGGAGGCACUCCAGAACAGAUCAGGUAUUUGGUAGCCUUGGGCUGCAUUAAACCACUUUGUGAUCUAUUGACUGUUAUGGACUCUAAAAUAGUUCAAGUGGCUUUAAAUGGACUUGAAAAUAUUUUACGGCUUGGAGAACAAGAAUCUAAGCAGAACGGAAUAGGCAUUAAUCCAUACUGUGCCCUCAUUGAAGAAGCAUAUGGUCUAGAUAAAAUUGAAUUUCUGCAAAGCCAUGAAAAUCAGGAAAUUUACCAAAAGGCUUUUGAUCUGAUUGAACAUUACUUUGGUGUAGAAGAUGACGACCCCAGUGUUGUACCUCAAGUGGAUGAAAAUCAGCAACAGUUUGUAUUUCAGCAGCAGGAAGCACCAAUGGAAGGGUUCCAACUGUAA